AUGGAUUCCAGUUCAGAAUCGGACAGCAUUAUUAUGCCAAGUAGAAGCCGUGCAAAGAGACGCAAAAGGCAACAGCAGGCACAAGUGGCAGAAAAGAAAAAACAGACUCGAGAGGCUCCAGGAGGUGAAAAGGAUUUACUAAUUGAAUCACAGGGGGAUUCUGAAUAUGGUCAGUUUGUACCAGGAGAUGACAGUCCAGAAAGACCCACUUUAGAGUCAUUUCAGUUCCCAAAACGUGAAAUCAGACCAAGGAUGGAAUCCUUAGAUUUCUCUGAAGUACCUGUGCCCAAGACAAGGGCACCCUCUCCAUGUCUUCCAAGUCAGCUCGUCUUCAGUCAAAGCCAGGAAGAACCAGGUCCAAGCAGGACAACCAGGCAGACUUCUGUACCUCUCACAUCAUCCAAGGGUACCCAGACCCUGAUUACAGGAGAUAUCACAGGAACUGUUUUCACAGAGAGGAGACAGCUGAAGAGACGUGUCAAACAGUUAAAAGAGAGUGUUACUGUGAAGAAAAGAAGAAUUGAUUACUGGAAGGAAUCCAAAUUACAGAAACCAAAAACAACGCCAAAGGCUAAAUUACCUGGAAAGAAGGAAAAGGAAACCAAGGAACAACAGAAAAUAUAUGAAUUGCAACAAAAAUUGAAAGAAAAGCUUAUCCAUGAACAGGCUCUUAAAGAUUCUUGUUCAACUGUUACUAACCUCACUAAACAACUGAAGGAGAAAGAUGAGACUGUAAAAGAGUACAAAAACAAGCAAGAGAUGCUUGAAAGAAAUUUAGAGUAUGUAGAAACUUUGCUGAAAGAUGACCAGAGCUCAAGUUUGUCCUUAUAUGACCAGCAGAAUAAGAGCUACAAAACUGAAGCAGAGUUGUGUGUUUAUGGACUACUCAGUCUCAAUGUAGCUUCAGAGAAAGUCCCAAAGGUCAUAAAGGAAGUGGCAGAAUUAUGUGGCAAAACAUCAAUAGACCGACUACCAAGUGAAGCUACUGUUCGAGAGAUGAACAAAAGGAAACUUUCAAUUUCACAUAUUCAGGCAGCUGAGCAGCUUGCUUCUAGAGACAAUUUAUGCUUGCAAAGUGAUGAAACUCCAGACAGGGGUACCACUGUUGAGGGCUUCCAUGUGAGUGAUGAGUGUGGAAACACAUAUGUUCUUGGAUUGCGGGAAAUGGCCAACAAAUCAUCUGCAUCCACAUUAGAUACACUGAAAGAGAUUCUUUCAGAUAUAUCCUUGGUUGAGGAAACCACUGAGUCUGGCACAGAAGCAGGAAAGAAAAUUCUAUCAAAGAUAACGUCCACAAUGUCGGAUCAAGCUGCCACUCAGAAGUGCUUCAACGACCUUUUAGAAGGAUAUAGAAAAGAAAUAAUGCCAGAAUUAGUGGAAACAUGGGAGGAAAUGUCAAAUGAAGAAAAAUCAAAUUGUUCUAAAAUCAACAACUUUUUUUGCGGACUCCACCUGUUAAUCAACUUUGCAGAAGUCACCAAUCAGGUCUUGAAGAAAUAUGAAACAGCAUGUGAAGAACUGUCAACAGGUGUAAAUAAGACAAAACCAGGAGAAAGUGGUGCUGUAAAGUUCAUCAGGACCUCAUGCAAAGCACUUGCAAGAAGGGGGGAUGCCAAGAGUGGGGCAUACAGCCUAUUCCGGGACUACAUUUUUGACAAGCUUGGUGAAAAUCUUCAUUUAGAACCCUUCCAUGGAAACCGAUUUAAUGUGCUGUUCCAGAAUGCAGGAAACAUAUAUUUCUAUAGAGAUGAAAUCAAGGAUUUCUUGGAAAACACAAUCAAGGACCGAAAUCGUCUUCUUCAGUCAGUUCUGGAUGAUGUCAAGGUGGCAGAGAACAUUGCAGCAGCCAAAGCUCUUGGACUGAUUGAGAAGUUUAUUACUUCUCCUCUCUGGAGGAUCAUCGAGUCCAAAUGCCAUAUCUUGGACAUGAAUGAGCACUACCUGAAUCUCCUAAGAUUCUUAGAAGCAGCAGCCAAGGAUGCCAUUCCAUUUCUUCAAGGAAAACACAUGCCAUUCCCUGAGUAUGCUUGCAUGGAGAAAGAUAGAGAUGAAUUGGAGGAAGGUGCAAGCACUUGCAGAACAAAAAGAAAGCAGAAAUGGGGAGAUGCAGUAUUGAAAUCUCUAAUGGAAGAAAGUAGAUACGAUGACAAGGUCACAGACAUCCUACAAAUGACCUUCGCAGCCUGGGCUAUUUACUUGCAGAGGGCAGUAGAAGCUCACCUGCCAGGUGGAGAAUAUGACCAGGCAGCUGAACAGAUCCGUGAACAGACAAAGGCUGUUCCAAAGCAUAACAAAUUCUCAGAAGCAGUCUUUGGCAUUCUCCACAACCUGACCACCACACGUCCCAAUGCCUCAGUCCUGGCUAACGAGGCAUACAUCGUCUUUUCCCUCAACAGAACAUUAGAUUGGAUAAGUGGAAAAACACAAGAGGAGAGAAAGAAAUUAGUCAGAAGGGCUAGGAAGCUGAGUAAAAGAAUGCAGCAGAGGUUCAAGUUGAGGAAGGAUGUCAUUAAACAAAAAAGAGCAGAAGCCCUAAAUAAGACAAGAGAAUUGAUUGCCAGAAAUAGACAAAGAGAGUUGGAGGAAAAGGAGCGGUUGACAAAUGACAUAGUAUUUUAUGGUCUUUGGCAAACAGAAGAGGAAGUCCACAAAAAUGCGAAGUCGUUCAAACACAAAAAAGAUUGGCAAAAGGCUUUUGCAUCACAGCUGAAAUUUCGGAAGUCGGUUCUGCAGCAGUACCAUGAGGAUAAGACUGUGUUUCAGCUUUCAAAAGGAAAAAAGGACUUCACUUUGGAACAGCUAGUGAUGAAUCUAAUUACAUUAAUAGGGUCCACUUUCUCCACAAGAAGAGAAGCUGAUGUAAUAAGAAAAGGAAGUCCCUUGUUGGUUGGAAAGAAAGUGCUUCAUGCCUUUGAAGAAGAUGGAGAACAAGUGACAUACAGGGGACGAGUAAUAGACACAGUCAAGGGUUUCCCAGAAUGGUACAACAUCAUCUAUGACAAUGAUGAAGUGGUGUACACGUACAAGCUCCAGGAUGACUUUGAGAAAGGGGAUUUGAAACUUGUUGAUGAUCCCGACAUUCACAUCUCGCCAUGUGCUGCUGACUGGACACCAACAGGAAUACUUUGA